CCGUGCUGUCGUCUGCGCAGUGUAAAUAGAGUGAGGAGCAAACUUUCUUUUCGUCGCUCAACUUUUCUUCGCGAUCAUUUUUCUCUGUAUUCUGCGUUGUAUUCGAUCUUCAUUUGACUCGUGAUGGUGAUGAUUUAUUUUCGGUUAAUCCGUCCCCAUCAGCGUCGUCGCGGGAAGAAUGCAUAAUAUUAUUUUGGGAACCAGAUUCGUUCCGUAGAGAGUGGCCUGCUUGUGUGUCCGCAACAAGUCUGCUCAGCUUCGCCUGUCGCAGCAUACCACACCACACAACACAUUCUUGCCUUUAUGCACAGGCUUAUCGAUGGUUUAUUUUCCUCCGAUCCUCUUUGACUGCGGAAACAUCAUCAGAAAAGUCCUUGGAUGAUGUUUUUAACGAUCGCCGCCGUACACGCUUCCGCAUCGCGUCGCUGGUUCGCCAAGACUGUGGAUAUUUUCCUAAUAUCGGGAAAAACGCUGACGCGGUGAAAACUUGGAUUACCAUCCGUUUCUGAUAAACAGCGUUUUAUCACCAAUAAAUUGGCAGUGCUGCAGGAUGGUUUUUAUAUGACGGAAAAUUAGUUGGGGUGGAAUAUGAUGCGCCAGUCAACGGAGACAUAAAUUAUUCUUCCAACGAUAACGAUGUUUGCUGCGCUGAUUGCACCGUGAGCUGUGGUUUUAGAAACUCCCUCUCUCUCUCUCGAGUUUUAACGACCAGCCUCUUAUCUGAUGCACCAGCGCGACACAGAGCGAAGAACGAGAAGAUGUUGAAUGUUUUAUAAGGAGAGCGACUGCGCUGUUUGACUUUUGAGUGAUAAAUUGGCAUCUUGUGCGAGCGUGCCAGAUUCCAUAUCCGAUUUUUUUACCGUGCCUUCUGCCAUCCUGACGACAUGCGGCUAGCCUAGUUUGCCUAUUUGGGCGUGCUGGAAAAAUGGCCGUCUUCUCGAGGAUGGGUCUGAACAUGUCGCAACCGGAGCAACCGUCGGGAGAAGUCAAAUUCUGCGUGUUUGGUUUGAUGCUUUCCACCGACUCUCCCAAGCUCCUACUGCUCUCCGUGACCUGCGGUGUCCUCUCGGUGACCCUCCUGAGCACGGCAUCGCGGGCGUUGUUAGCCGCCCUGUGGCGACGCUCCCGGCAGUGGCUGAUUAAGUUCCUGACCAACGGCGACGCCGACGUCGCGCUCCCCAUGGGCAACGUUAACGCCGUCGUCCCGACGGUGUCCGGUGUCCGUCUGGACACCAACCAGGCCACCAAUACGGACCUGUGGGCCUCCUAUGAAAUCAUUGAUCUCCCGCGCAUUCGUCCGCGGAUGUGCGAUGCGCAGACCUCCCCGCUACAUGCCGGUUCGUUGGCCCGCGUGGUGGCCACGGAGGACCGGGCCUGCUCACCGUGUCCGAUGUACGGGGCCGCCUCCGAGGAGGAGGACUUGCUGGUGUUUGAAGCGGAGGUGGAUCGUGAGAUACGCGAGGGUGAAGAGAGUCUCGUUAAUUUUGAUGAGAAUCCCGAGCGUGAUGAACUGCAUGAUCGACUGAUGUCGCUUGAAAAGGCCUUACAGGAGACCCACCGCGAAAUGGGCCAGCACAUGUCCUCCCUCUCCGAGCUGUCGCAGCGCCACUUUUGCUCAGCCAACAACCCGCCUUCCCAGCCGGUGUCUUCCGCGUACCAAUUCCCACCGACCAGCUACCAGAUCCACGCCUGUCAUCUCCAUCCGCUCCUGACAUCCUCCGCCGAUCCGGCCAACGGCCUCGUCUGGGAGGAUGAAUUCACCCCGGAGCGCCCGGCAUCCGGGACACUGCACCCCGAUCUACAGGAUCUGGAGUUGUGGCAGUCGGAUCUGCGAUUCUUCUCGGGUCUCUCCGGACACUGCGGGAUAGAAUCGGCCGAGACGUCACUGCUCAGCGAGACGUCGUUGACCGCCUCCCCCACGGCGGCGGGGAAGACGCCGCGGGAUAGCGGGGUGAUGGAGUUGUGGGAUGUGGAGAGUGAGGAGGAGCGGAAAGAGAAUGUGACGAGUGAGGAGAGCAGUGUGUGUGUGCGGUGUGCGGGGCGCAUGGAGAAGCAGCGGCCGGUGUCAGCGCCGACCCACGGUGAUGCGGGGGUGGUGUCUUCCGGGGUGAGGUGUCUCAGUAGUGGGUGUAGUCCGCUGCAUCAGCCGGCAACGGAUCGGGUGCCCAAGCGGAAGGUGGGGAAGAAGUAAUGUUGUUUUGCGGGUGUUUGUAUUGGUGUUUGUGCAUUAUCCUCGGUUUGUUAUCAGGUUAUUUGUACAAUUAGUUGAAUUAAGUUUAUUGUUAGAUUGUCCAGUGAGUGCGUUGAUUAUUGAGAGGCAGCUAUAUUUUUAUCCGAGAUUUAUAAGGGUUGGUGUUGGUUGCGUUGAUGCCUGUUAAAUACUUCUGAAAUUCUGAUGCACUGGAUGAAAUAUUGUGUAAUUAAUAAACCAUGCAUGUUUCAGUGGAAAUUAUUAAUAAAAAGGUCAGAUCACGUAUAGG